AUGGCGCAGCGCGGCCGGGGCCGGCGGGGUCCUGCUGUACGUGUGGGCACGGCCGGGGCCGGCGGGAUGGUGCGUGCGGACAUGUCAAAGCAGGUGCAGCUUAGGGAGCUGCUGAAGAAGGAGGUGAGAUCACUGCUGUUGGCUUCCAAAGAAGGCUUAACCCCAGCAGAGUUGGAACAGGAGUACAUUGCCAUGACUGGCAAACCUCUCCCUGUACGUGACCUGGGCUUCAAAUCCACCUUGGAGCUAGUGGCAGAUAUGCCUCAAGUUGUCAGAGUCUGUUGUUACAAGAAAGGCACUAUUAUCUUGAAAGCCAUUGCAGAUGAGGCCACCAAAGCGAUUGCCUACAUGGUUGCCAAACAGAAAAGUGGUAAGGCACGGAAGAGUGCUGCUGCAAAGGUAGGUGCUGCUUGUCCCUCGAAGAACCACAGUGUCCCUUGGAGGGGCAGAGCUCCUGUCCUGCCAGCAACAUUGAAGGCUGAGCUGCAGGAGCUGUUGAGUUCCUUGCCUCUUUUGCUCUCAGACCUUUAUAAGGCCUUCUCCAGGUGCUUUGGCCAGGCCUUCCAAUACACACAGUAUGGGUUUUUCUCCAUGCCUGAAGUUCCCACAAGCCUGUCUGAUAUCAUUGUGGUUAAGCAGAUAAGAGCAGAUUCUUUGACCCCGAAGAAGAACUUCUCAAGUGAGGUAAAGAAGAAAGAGACACCCGGAGAUGAGGCCCAGGAAGAGAUGCCCCAAGCAGCACCAGCAGUUGAAAUGACUCCUUUGGAAUCCAGCUGUGAGACAGAGCGCGUCCAUCUCACAGCAGAAGAGAAGUCAGAGCCAGUGGAAAAACAAGCAGCAGAUUUGAGUGAAGGCUACAAAAAACCUCAAUGUUUGGAGCAGUUCCUAGUAGACAAGUUGAUAAUGGCUCCAGAAAUCCCCCCGGAUGCUGUUCAGGACAAAAGCCUUUGCAGUUUACCACCACUGAAGAGAGAGUGCAUGGUGGGAGUCUUUGUGGUAUUCAGUGUCUCUCCUAGCCAGUUCUACAUCCACAUCUGCAGCGGGGAAACAUCUGAUAAACUGCAGGAUAUGAUGAUUGAGAUGAGGCGCUGCUACUCAUAUAAAAUUAUUUCUGAUCGUUAUAUCAUGCCUGAGUCUUCAGUACAGCCUGGCCAGCUUUGCUGUGUUACAGUCUUGCAGUGGUGGUACCGCGUUGUCAUCCACCGUGUGCUCAGUGACCAGGAAGUGGAGGUGUUCCACGUGGACUAUGGGAACCUCCAAGUUGUCAAAAAGUCUUGCCUGAGAUUCCUCAAGUGGUGCUACUUGAAACUCCCUGCUCAGGCCAUCCCAUGUUCCUUGGCAUGGGUAAAACCUGUGGAGAGUGUGUGGUCCAGUGCAGCAACUGUGCUGUUCAAGCAGCUGUGUGGCUCCAAGCUACUCGUGGGCAUCACGAGUGAGUAUGUGGAUGGCAUUCUGCAUCUCUUCCUGUGUGACACAUCCACCGAGAAGGAUGUCUACUUCCACUGUGUCUUGAGGGAUGCAGGACAUGCUGAUGUCUGUGGGAAGAACAUCCCUUCCCAGGGAUUUAAGGAGCUGAAUCCUUCAGCCUUGUAUAUUCAGCCCAGUGAAAAGCAGGAGAAUGCUGAACAGGUAAAGCCAGACCUUCGCAUGCAGCAGGAAUCUCUAGAUGCAGAUGGCGAAGCAGCUUCCUCAAAGCUGGAUGGGGAUGAACCAUGUGACCAGCAAUCAUACCUGUUUCCUAAGGAUGAGAUAGGGGAUGAGGUGCAGCCACUUUUGGAUGAAGUGAACGUCCCAAGAACAACAGACCGAGACCCUGAAUUUGCACAGGAUACAAAUGAAACCCCUACAGAGCCUAUGGCAGUGGUUAAGACACCUCAUUCUCCUGAAGAGUCCUCAGUGCCUACUGUCUUAUCCAAGUCAGGGGAAGAUGUUCACACUUCUUUUGUCUGCUCCAAACAACCAGCAAUAACUAGCCAAGACAACCCUAAUCAGAUUAAAAGACUUUCCAGCCAGGCCCAGCCUCGUGAAGCUGUACAUCCCUCUCUUCUGCUUAUGGCAGCACCAUGUGUGCUGGACAAAGGUAACAGUGAAGAGAAAAUGAAGACCAGAGAAGUUGCUGGGAGCCCUGCAGUCAGGCUGUGCAGUGCCAGUGGGCCGUGUGACCGAGGGCCGCCGCAGAGGCUGUGUAACCCUUCUGCCGUGCUCUCGGCCACGCUGGCGUCCGCGCGUAUGGCCUCUCCCAGCGGCUACUUCCAGUGGUUCCCCAGCCUGAGGAGGAAGGCGGAAAGCCGUUCGCAUCCCAACGAGCGUUUAUUCCCUCCUGGCUCGGCUCUGCCGCUGGAUCCGCGGCUCGGGCUCCUGGCGGAGGCAGGGAGCAGCCGCGAGGGCUGGGCUGGGCUAGCGGGGAGGGCAAUCUGUGGCCAACGGGAUGCUCUGACUGGCGGCGAAGGUGACGGAGGGGAAGGGUGCCGUUACCUGCCAUAUGGAGGGGUGCUCCAGCCGGAGCUGCAGCCACCAGACCCCUGUCGUGGGGCCGAGGCGGUGGUGACAGCAGCACAAGGGAUACUGAGGUGGCUGGAGACGGUGCGUUUGGCCAACUCCGGGGGCGGUGCGGGGCCGGGGGCGGUGCGGGGGGCGGCAGCUCCGGCCCCCGGGCAAACUCCUCCUCCGCUCGCCUCCACCCCCGCCGGCCGGACCCGCCUCGGCCCUCCCGCUCCUCCGCUGCGGUGA